GUUCUGCGGUUUCAAUCCAGCGCGCAACGUGUCGAGGAGGUGGGCCGCAGCGUCCGCGUCAGGCCAGUGACUGGCAGCGAUGGGCUGGGCGACAUUUGAAUGUUAUGCGGCCUUUCGAUGGCAGUGACGAUUCUCGCGACGGUUGGCUGGCGCGCGCUGGGCCUUAGGGCAUGUGCAGGUUUAGCAGCACUGCAGAUUGCCCACACAGCGCCCGUACAGCGCUCUGCCGUGGAGGACCAUGGCGCUGUGCUCCCCUCCAGGAAGCGGGGCACCCCUCUCCAGUCCUUCAGGGCAUGCAGGUUACCCCUAGGCGUCGUCGCACGCUGUACUGUUACUAGUUGGCCGCUCCUGAGCUAGCUCCUCCGGCUAGGCGCCGGCCGUACACAUGCAGGGCUUCCGCUCUUCAGAUACAUCUUCCAUCUCCAAUCGUUCCUCCCGACUUGCAGACGCUACACAGUAAGC